AUGGCAUUCCAACAACAAUCCGCGGCUCCACGACCAAUCGCCAUCAACGCAAACCGGUCGCAAGAUUCAGCAUCGCAGACACAUCUACAACCAACACCUAUCUCGGAAUCACAAGAAUGGGUGCUUUUCUCCCCCAGCACCGCAGAGUCGACUAUCACCAGGACACAGACAGGUCAAACAGCAGGACUAUCAAGAGCAAGUGACAUUUCCCUGAAUACCGCUGGACGGUCAGGCAGAGUCGAAUCGUCCGCCUUCGAUGAAGAUGUGACGGAAGACGGCGAGCUAGACAGUCUCGACGACGGACUGCAUGCAUUCAGAGAAUCUCCCCUGUACCCCACCAUCUCCAACCAGACUCAGGGUCCUGUCUUACCAGCUCAUGAUGGCCUCGGAUCCUUCCAGGCCUCAAGCCCACCGGUUCUUGAACAAUUAUGGCAGCACGAAGCAUACAACCCGAAACGAAAGCAUGACGGACAUCAUCGCCGGCCAUCAAGCGUGCAGAGGAGGCUGGAUACCAUCGACGAGAUUGAAGCCCAGGCUAGCGAAGAAAAGCGAAUGCGAAUAGAGAAAUGGCGGAUUGAACAGAGUCAAGCGUUGAUGGACGAAGUGGAACGAGAGACUCGCAGACGGCUGAGGCGAGGCUCGCGUCAGUCCAUGUACCAAGACACGCUUGCCUCUGUCAAUGAGGACGUGCUUGGGACAACACCGAAGCAGAGCGAUUAUAUGGCGCAACCAGGUGAACAGUCAGAGGAGGCCGAACCAUUCUGGCGUCGCAUUACGAGAAGGUUUAUCCGCGAUGUUAUCGGCAUUGACGAGCCACUUCUGUCGGUCAUCUUUGGGGAAUCCUUGCCAGAGGAGGCACUCGAGCAGAGACCAUCGUCCAGCAAUCCCCUAUCCGCGAUUCCUGAGCAGACGCUUGUGGUUCCUAAUGUCGAAGAUUCGACUUGGAGGGACAAGCUGCUCCAGCGCAUUGCUCGUGAGUUGGGAGUGUUCGUGCACCAACUAUCGCCACAUCCAGGAGCUUUCGCCACCUACUCCCGAAGUCCUGAUUAUGCAGGCAUGCCGGUGCUGGUGGCCCACGCCAAGCGACAGAACUCUGUGCCGUCCGCAGUGGAGGCCCGGGUCCACGGUACUGUUUCAUCAGCAAUGACACCCAACUUCCCACCAACAGUCCGAGACCCAGCGCAUGCUGAAAGCUGGGGCUUUGAGGAAGACGCGUCCUCCGCGACCUCGCCACUGAAUUCUUCAAGAAGUCUGCAGCGGGAGCGAGAAUAUUGGGAACGGGAGCUUGACCUGAAGAUGGUUUUCCGAUAUCUAAGAGAUAGGUUCGUGAGCAGAUCCUCGACACAAUCCCCUCAAGCCUCGAGACAGCCACUUGAAGACGCAGCUACUCGAACUGCGAUCAUACGACAAAAUCAUCCUCUCAUUGCUCGAACACAACGAUCUCCCGUACGGGUCCGGAGGGAGUCGAGGACGAGUAGCAAGAGACCUACAAGCAGCUGUGCCAGCGAGAGUGUGCGCAGCAGCCGGAAAGCCUCACUGGUGAUGAGCGGUUCGAGUCGAAACUAUUGGGACAUUGGAGGCAGUGUAGGAAGUGGCAGCAUUCUGGCGAGCGGCGGAGCUUGGGGAGAAGUGUAG